UUGUCGUCUGUUAACAGUCUGUUAAUAGAAGGGUGGUUAGAAGUUGUGGUAUUUGUGGUCUCUGUUUUCAUUUGAAUUUAAUAAAACAUAUUAUCAUCCUCAAUUUGGGACAAGAAUAAUAUAUAACCAGCAGUAUUAUUUAAACUAUAAUUAUGAAUGAGGACGAAAUAGCUAUUUUAAGUAGUAAUAAUACUGAAGAAAUUACUCGAAUUUUAGAGAAUUUUUUAAAAGUGAAUGACUCAGCUUUUACAUUUCCUUUCUUAUUGGCGAAUAAUAGAAGAGUUUCGUUAUGGGCUGCAUUAUUUCAGCAUCUCCAAACAAAAUCUUCAGAAAGUGUUCAUGUUCUAUGUUUAACUACAAUACGGCUUUUGAGCCGAGACAAAACAGAACUAGAGAAAUUGAUCUGUGAAAAAUGGAUAGUAACAUUAAUAGAAAAAGCAGGCUUAUUCAAUUUCGUGGAUCCAGAGGAAACAGCCGAUGUUGAUAUGCCCAUUAAAGAAGUGGUAGUUGAAGCUUUAAAAUGCUUAUGCAACAUAGCUUUCAAUAGUGAAGUGGCAAGAGCGCUUUGCGCACACACAAGUAUAGCACAAGGACUAGUGGCAAGACUGCGUUCCUAUAAAGAAAUACCUUUCAAAGAUGACAUAAUGCUCUUUGAUAUGAAGUUAUUAUUCAUUUUGACGGCCUUGAGACAAGAUAUAAAAAGUAAAAUAAAAGAGGAACUUCAUGGAAUGGAUUAUUUAAUUAGCUGUCUAAAUGAACUGGUUAUCGAGGCUACUGAGACCCAAAGUGAGGUUGCUGGAAGCAGUAAUGUUAUAGAGGAUUCCCAUAACUGUUAUCUUCAGGAAAAUCAGCAAGCAAUAGUAUGUGAAAUUUUAAAAACUCAGUUUAACCUUAUGUUACAUUCUGGAUCUGAGGAACCAGUGAGUGAGGCAGAUGAAGGAAUGUACUUAAGAUUGAUGCCGGCAAUAACCACCUUAUUAUAUGCACAUGUGCCAACACAGGAAAAAUUGAUGGAGUUACAUAGUAAUAUUGCUAAUUUACUGACGAGUGUGCCGCCAGUGUUUUACCAGUAUUUAACCCCAGAAUUGCAUGAUGGAGAAACAGCGCAACAUAUAUAUGAUGGGAGGAAUAUGGAUGCUUUACAAGCAUUACUGGAGCUUUUUGAAUACAGACUCUCAAUAACAACAAGUACAAAAAAUCAAUAUGAAAAUUUGUCGCCGAUUUUAACCGUUUUGAACAAAAGUUCACGUGGUUGCCGGGCUCAGCGAAAGUAUUUGAGGCAGGUAGUGUUGCCACCUUUACGAGAUGUGUCUAGACCACCUGAAAAGGGCAAAACACUCCGCAAUCAGCUGUGCAGGCUUUUAACUACACCUGUGACAUCAGUUAGAGACCUGGUUGCCGAGUUUUUAUUCAUUCUUUGCAAGGAAAAAGUUGGUCGUAUGGUCAAGUACACAGGUUUUGGUAACGCCGCUGGUCACUUAGCACAAAAGGGUUUAAUGGGCAGCAGUCGAGGACCUGUGCUCUAUUCCUCCAGUAGUGAAGAUUCAGAUACCGAAGAGUAUUUGGAAGCUCAACCACGUAUUGAUCCAGUUGUGGGAUGCACAAGGCCUCCUAGGUCGAAUCCUUUUGAGGGAAUGACAGAUGAACAGAAGGAGCACGAGGCGAUGAAGCUGGUGAAUCUCUUUGACAAGAUGCUCUCUGAGGGCGUGGUGAAGCCAGCCCGCGUGGGCCCCGACGGCCGCCCUCAGCCCGUCGACCACGUGUUAGAGUUGCGAGACCACCCGCCCAACCGACCGCACAAUUAAACCACUGCGAUACUACAUUAUAACUUACCUACUUAGACUAAUUGGCGACAGGUAUAUUGGAGCGGUCGAAGCAAGCAAUACUUGAUUGGUCGAACGCACUGCAGUCUUUGAACAUGACUUCGUGUUAUUUUUUGACAUUAUAAACAGGUUCGUUGAUGGGUUUUUUUGUAGACGUAAGUUCCGUGUGAUUUGAUUCAUUCCCUUACCUUUUA